ACUCAAUAUUCUGACGUUCCUUGUCAUCAAAUGGCUGAUUAGUUAGAAUAAAUACCAGUUUUGCUUUGUUAUUAUUUCAAAUAUGCUAGGUGUAUGCAAUAUACUAUUAUUAAUUUAAAAAUGCAAUUAGAAAUUUUAUAACAAACGAUAGCAACUAUAUACAUAAAAAUUUUCGCAGAACUGCAUUCAGGUAGUUGUUUGAUUGAUGCUUUCAAUACUAAUUUAAUUUUAUUAGUCUAGUCAGCAAUAUUUAUUCAAAUAAUUUAUUGUUAUUGAGUUUGAGUAAAGAGUAAUGAGUCAUAAUGAGAAAUCAUAGAAGCCAGUUCAGGGUAUAGGCCCUAUUUAUAUAUAAUAUAAUUUAUUGUAAAUAAUUUAAUAACAGUUUUUUUUAAAUUAGGCCUAAAUAUGAUUAUAAUUAUAAUGAUGAUAAUUGCUUUGAAUUUGAAUGAAUUGAAUGCCAUCAUAUUAUCAUAAAGACAAUGAUUCAUUAUCAGACAGUCACAAUGACAGUCAUUAUGGCGAUGGCUAUGGCCAUGGCCUAAUCAAUAAUUCAUCAAGUAGGCAGUAGGCAUAUAUUAUUAUUAUAAUUAUUACAAAUAAAUAGUAUUAUGCGAGGUCAAGGCCGCCAUGGAGGAGGAGAAUCCAGCUGUGUGACUGUAGUCAUGCAUGGGGUGGGGGUAACAUUUUUGUGACUAGAGGGGAGGGGUUUUAGCAAUUUGUCAUAGAUAAAAACACGUAAUAUUAAUGAAAAAUAAGUUUACACUGGAUAAAGACAUUUUUAACAAUAUUCUUUGAUACUACAAUUACAAUUGUCUAAAAUUUUUAAAUCACGAUCUCUGAGAAAAUCAGAUAUGUGAGGUCUGAAAAAUUGCUAUGAGCAAGUUACAUGAUGCUGUAGAGGAAGAAAAUUUGGGUGUAGUGACAUUGACAGUCAUGAGAAUUUAUAUCGGAAAGUAGAGACGGGAGUCAUAAAAUUAGGGCUACCACAUGUAGUGGGAAGGAAAAUAAAAUAGUUGACGUGGGGGGGGGGGGGGAAGAAAUGAUCCUAGUAAAUUUUCUAGGGCAGGGAUUCAUAACCUUUUUGUAGUGCUACAUCCCCUAUUUAUUUUAAAACAUUUCCCUUAAACCCUACCCGCCGUAUUCACUGAUUAACUAUAUUGUAAUAAAAUUUUAAUAAAUGAAAAUAAUUAAAUAAUUUAGUUAUUGUAGUUUUAUUUCUUUAAUUAACUUUCUCGGAAUGAGAGCAAAAUGCACCAAUAAAAUUAAUGAGCAAACAAAUUUCACCUCAAAAACUUUUACUGCUGCUAAUAAAAAUGCAUAAAACAUAAUUUUUUUUAAAGGCCGCAAUAAUUAGCCAUGGCAGCUAAUACAAUUUUCUGUGUCUUCAACACCCCAUGCGAUUUGUCAAGGACAAUAGUGGACAUAGUGAUCUUUUAAGGUGGGGAGGGGGCUGCAGAGGUUUGUGAUGUUAUAUUUUAUGGGAUGUCUAACAUAUUGUGGUGAUUUGUGACAAUGGGGGGAAGCAGUGUCAAUAAUCGUCAAAAUUUGCGUGACAUCAUUUAUGGACGAUUAUACUUCUGAUUUAAAAAUAGCAGUAGGCCUAGGUACCAUGGAAUGGCUAUAAGUAAUAUUUAGGCCUAUUGGCAUAUACAUAGGCCCAGUUAUGAAUUAUUUCAUUUUUAUAUUUAUAAUUAUAUUAUUAUUUAGUUCUUGGUAUUGCUAUAGUCCCAUUAAAGUUGAAGGGCAAUAUUGGACGGCAGUGGUAGGAUGCAAAAGUAAGUGUUAUUAACUUAAAAUAGGCUGACUGUCAUCUUAUUUUAUCAUGCCAUUUUAGUCUUAAAGUUAGUCUGAUAGUUAGUCUGGUCAUUAGACUAAGAAUAGUAUUUUUAACACUAAAUAUAUUAGUAUUAAUUAUAAAUAUCAAUAAUACCAUCAAUAUUUUGGGUCAUCCAUAAAUGACAUCCAGGAUUGGGGGGGUCCUCACAAACUUGUGAUGAUGUAUUAUGAAGGUGUCUAAAUUUUGUUAUUAAUUUGUGAUGAUGAGGGGAAAAAAAGGGGGGUGGGGAAAUCUUCAAAAUAGCCAUUGAAUUGACUUUCCAGUAAUGAUAUUAAUUGUUUAUUAUAUAUUCCUUAAUUUUUUUUUCUUUAACAUUUAAAUUUAUUUCAUUGUAACUCAAGAAAAAAAAAGUUUAGAAGUAAUUUUAAAAAAAUAAUUUUUUAAAUGCAUUUGUUUGGGGAUGUGAGAAUCAGUCAAAUAAUUAGAAGGGACAGGGAGAACAAUCAAUAAAUUUGUAAGUGGUUCAGUGUAUAGAAAAGUUUGGGAAACUCUUCUCCUAUAAUUUUUACUUUGUUUCUAUUUUCUCUACAACAAUUUUUUCCCCAGAUAGUUAUGCAUUUGAUUGAAGUUAACUUAUGACAUAAGAUGUUACUGCUGAAGCUGGUAAAAACAUUUUGUUAGUAAAAAAUGGAAUCAUUGUCUAAAAUUACACACAUACUACCAUCUCUGAACUUUCCAAGGUAAGCAAUUUUAAUACAAGAACUAUUAAGUUUAUUUGAAGUAUCCUAUAGUAAAAAUCAAAAUUUAGAAUAUGUGUUUUCGUUGAUUGCCUUUUAAUUUCAAUUGCUGGAAUGUUGGGCAUGGCUUUAUAUACAGAGGUUUUGUGGGAGCAGUUGAUCAGCUGAAGGCAUUACUUACACAUACAAGAUAGAGUACACUUAUAAGCAGCUAACAUGCCUCAAAAGCAUCAAUAUGUUUGAAAAUUAGGACACAUAUGCUUUAGGAGGAUAGGCAGGGCAGUGGUUAAGAAAUUAAUUGCUGGAAUGGUGGAAGGUAUUCAGGAAGUGCUAACAGUGCUGUAUAUUGUUAUUACUUUUUGAUAUUUCUGUGUGCAGCUCACUUUAUAUUAUCCACAUCUGACUCAAAUAAAAAUUAAUGAAGCUGUCGCUUUAAUGAAUAAUGUAAAGGAAACAAAGUGCACACCACAACUUUGAAGCACACUUCCUCAAGACCAGCUUAGAAUUUAUGAGUGUGGAAGCUUCCGUAACAGCAUUGAAACAUAUCUUAUAAAAACAACAUAUCCAUUCAUUAAACAUUUGACCAUUUGCUAGUGAAAAUAAAAAUUCAUUCGUGUGGUUUGGUAUUUGGUAUCCUUAUUUCAGAUUAUCUAAUGAUUCAGAUAAUAUACCAUACUCAACUUCAGCUGACACUGGUGAAAGAAGAUAUAGUAUUAUCUGUCCUAGACCAAAAAGAAUACAAUAUUUUAGGUUGGUUUUUUUCAAGAAUGGUGGAAAAUAAUAUUAUAUUGAAAUUUGUUUUCAAGUUCAUUGUUCCAUUUUAAUGAAAUUUCAAAGAAGACCUUUUAAUCUUCAUGCAGUUUUUCAAUAAGAUUAAUAAAUUUCAUUACCUUAUGUUUUUAAAUAAAUUAAUUUUAAUGUUUCUUGGAUGUUUUUACUGAGAAAUUUUGCAUAUACAGACUUAAGCUGUUUGAGCAGUAUGUGAUAAAUCACUUGUUAAAUCCUAGCAGUGACACAAGGAACUGAACUUUCUUUAACCUUUCUUUGACCAGUUUAGACCUCAAUGUACUUUUUCCAAACUGCUUCAUGAUGCAAAGAUAAACUGUCAUCUUUGCCGAAAACAUCAGAACCUGUAGUCUUAUUUUUCAAUACAGGGUACUUAAAUAGACCUACUUAUAUUUCCUCAUUGUUUUGAUACCUAACAGAAACUAAGAAUAUAGAUGAUCCACUCACUAGCUGAAAAGUUUAAAAAGUAGAUAAUUUGAAGCUUGGGGAAAAGAAUAAUGGGGGAAGGGGGAAACAUCAAAUAAGGUAAAAUGAAAAAAGUAGCACAAGGUAGGGGAAAACCUGAAAAGGGACAAUACGAAGCUACUGAUGUGUUAGCAGAUAGCCUUUUUUAGUGAAAAAAAAACAAGUGAGCAACAAAAUAAAAUAAAAAAACUUGCCUUAUGCUUUUGAGAGUUAGCGAAAAAUGCAUGAAAUGGUUGGGAACUAAAGAAUGUACAGAAAUAAAUAGAAAAAAGAAAAGGGUAUAUUUUGGAUAAGGGACAGUUUCUUCUUCACAAGCCUCAAUGCAUACACCAUCAUUUUGCACUCGCUACCAUAUGUGCUAUGUUGGUGAAACCAGUCGGCAGCUUUCAGAUAUAUUUAGCAAACACCUUAACAACACAUCAUUAGCUUAAAGAAUGUAAAAUUUAAAAAAAAAAAUAUCUGAAAUCAUGUCUUUAUGUAUUAAAAAAAUUAUUUUAAAAACCUGCCAAUCAAUCUUUUAAAGAAUAUGUUUAGUUUCAAUUUUGUAUUCAAGUUAUUUUUGUUUGUUCUUUUGUUAACAAACAUAUAGUUCACAUACUAGAGGGCCAAAAUAUUUAUGAUAUAAGUUUGAACUUGUUGAAAUCUAAGACUAAUGAAGUUUAAAUUUUAAAAAAAAUAUAUAAAUGAAUGUUUGCACCCAAAAGGGGUUAGAGGAUAAAAUAAAUGGUAAAAAAUAUUUUAUGUACAGUAUUUCAACUCAAAACAUUUGAACAAAAAAUUAUUCUCAGAAAAUAGUUUAAAUCUCUUAGCUUUAAUUUCCCUAAAGUUUAAUGCAGGUCUUUUAAGUCAUAAUUAUCAGGCUUUGUGUUUGAAGCCUAACAUUGUCAUUAAACUGCUUAACACACUUGUUAUAAAAAUACCCUUGUAUGGAUUGUCUUGUGAGAUUAGACUAUAUUUAAAAAACUCAACUAAGUUCCUAAGCACUAAGCAUUUCAGCUAUCCAUUGCAAUAUUUUUUUCAGUACUUGAAUGUACUCCAGAAAAUCAAAGCUGUUUUUGAUUUUUUUAAAAUUGUUAUUAAAUGAACUAUGUUAUGAAUAAGUUGUUGAUUGCUAGUAAAAUGAAAUGGAAUCAUUUGGGUUAUAUAAGUCAAUAACCAUGAUCAUGUGUUUUAUCAAAAGUUCUGCUUUUAUGACACUAAUUUUCUUUUUAUUCUCCCAUAUGCUAAGUAUAUACCUUGUGACAUGGAAUGUCCAUGGGAAACCACCCCCUGCAAGUUUCAGCAAUCUCCUUCAGCUAGAUGCCUUGCCCUUACCAGACAUUUAUGCAAUUGGGUAAGUUUUGAAAACACUUGAGUGAUGGAGGCGGAAAUUUCAAACAUUGGAAGGGAAGAAAGAAUAAAAAAAGUCUUGUGAAGUCUAGGAGGUCUGUUUCAUAUAAAAUGUCUUCAUUUAGGCCCUAAAAUAAAUCGUGUAUCAGCUUUUAACGAUUUAAAUCUACUUUUCAAAAAUUUUAAUUUCUUUUCUUUUGUGUUUAUUAAAUACAUUUUAAAACUUUCCCAAUAUAUUUAUCUUGGAAAAUUUGGAGGAAAAUAUAUCUGUAAAAGUCAGUGAAUUUAUUUUACUUUUAUUGUGAUGGCAAUUUUUUUUAAAAUUUAAGGAUUCAAGAAGCUGCUUCAAACAUCUGGGAGGCUGCCUUGAUAAGUGCCUUAAAACCAUUUCAGUAUGUCAAAGUAAGUCAUAAUUUUUUUUUACAGGCGGUAGUAUUAUCUAGGUAAAUUAUUAUUUCCAUUUAAUAGUUUGAGCAGAUUAGUAAAUUAAGGAAUUGUUUGAAAAGAGAUGUAGUUGAAUUAUAAUUUAACAGAUUUCUACAUUCCAUAAAAAAAUGUAUAUGCGUGGUGAUUAACCUUCGAAUUGUGGCAUGCAUCAUUCUGUGGUGUGGAGCUUUUCAGAGCUUUUUGAGUGCCUUUUGAAAUUGCAUUAAAUGACAUAGAAAUAUUGAUGCAAGACCCCAAUAAUUAUAUAUUUUUAGAAAGGUAAAUGGAUGGGGAUAAAGUUGGCCAUAUUUCCCAACCGGACCCGUAAAUAAUUUUUUGCUCAGUGUCCUUGACCAUGAAUUUCUCAAGAAAAUAAAAAUCGACAAAAUUUCUUGCUUUCAAGUGCCCAUAGCAUCAUUAAUAUUUAUAGAUAUAAUUAAAACACGAAGCUAAAUGUUGUAGCCAAUUCAUUUAUCUAUCAGAAAAUGUACAGUUUGCUAAGGUUUUGAUUGCAAUAAAACAUCUGAAAGCAAUUUUAGUAAUUUUAGGUCAUUUUUAUAAGAAACUCGGACAACUGUUUAAACCAAUUAUAAAAUACAAAAUCUCAGGCAAAAUAGUUAUUAUUGACUAGUAAACAUUUAAAAAGGAACCAUGGAACUGAUUUAGAUUGUUAAACUAUAAAAUUUAUUAGUUCUGAUCUAUAAUCUGUAGCUUCUUUGACUAAAAUUCAGUCUGUCCUUGCCCAACCUCCGGGCCUGGCUCAAAGUCAAACAGUAGCCUCCGUAGGCCUUCUUCAGUAUCACUAAGACUAGUAUCAGAUUCACGGAAAGAAUAAUCUGAAGUGAGAUGUUGUGGGGAAUGUUAAAAUCAUCAUCAGUAUCACUUAAAUCCUCUCCUAAAAAGCUUUAAAAAAUAUUUCUAUUAGUUCUCGCACUGAAGGCCCGGCCAUAGCUUCCGCCAUUUUUGCUUUAAAAAAAACAGCGAUAAAAAAUUCCGAUUAAAAAGCACUUAUUGCUAAGUUAUCAAGAAACAGCUUACCCGGAAGUUGAUUUAAUUAUUAAUAAAAGGAAAUGGCUAUGAUUUCGGUUAGAUAUUGGAUUGGAAGUUGCUAUCGGACAGUGUUUUUUAUCGGCCGCCACACCACAGAAUGAGAAUAUUGGUCGAUAUUGUCGGCCGACCACAGUUAUAGGGUUAAGAAGCAACACUUGAAUAUUGUUAAAUAAAAUGAGAUCUCAAGGAACUACACAUUUUAUAUUUACCAUUGAGGCUCAAAAUCUUUUUUUAAAAACGUUUACUUAUUUUUACCCAAAUCCCUUGUGUUACUUAUAAUGUCAUGUAUUUAUAUGUAAUAGAAUUUUGUGGAUAUAUUUAUGUACUUGAGCCUCAUUUUGUUUAAUUCACUUAGAUCAAAAGCAGGCAGCUAGUUGGCAUCAUCACUAUAAUGUUUGUAAAGAGAUCCAUUCUACCGUAUGUCACUAGUGUAGAGUCUGAACUCACAAAGACUGGUCUGGGUGGAUUUUAUGUAAGUAAAUAUGUUUUUAUUUUACUGUACUCUUAAGAGUAAAAUAUUAUGUCAAAUGUUACAACUGAAAAACUAAUUUGCCUUUAUAAUUUUAACAUAUUUGAACAAAAUAUUUCUUUAUAUUUAAGGACCUUAACUUUUCUUAGCUUCUCAAAGUUAAUUAAUAAAAAUCACAAUCUAAAACUGUAAAGAUGUUUGAAUAAAUUUAAAUAAAAGUACAUGUUUGCUUUCCAUAUAUAAUUCUCUAGGAUCUAAUAUGGAUCACAUCCUCUGCUGUACAACAAAGAAUUGGUCUAAACAUUUCACAGGCAUGAUUUUCACUUUGCCUGUCUAUUCAAUUUUCCUAUCUUUUCAAUUAGCCUAUCUCUUCAAUUUUCCUAUCUCUUCAAUUUUCCUAUCUCUUCAAUUUUUCAAUCUCCAGGGAAAUAAAGGUGCAUGCAGUAUUAGGGCUGACAUCAUGGGGAUGAACUUGAUUGUUGUCAACUGUCACCUGGCAGCACACAUGGAAAAUGUUGUGGAGAGGAUGAAUGUGAGUCAAAUCAGAAUUCUGUUAAAACCCAGGGUGAGGUAAUCACUAGGCGAGAAUGAAAAAACUUAACAUAAGAGGACACAACAUGAUAGGAUCUUGCCAGAAAGCUACUAAUAAUGGAGAAUUUUUUUUUUUUAAAUUUGUACUCUGACAUUAUCCAUUAACUUCCCCUAGCCUUGACAUUAAAACAUCCAUAUUAUCCCAACGUAAGGGGAACAACUCUAAACAACUAUUUAAGUUCUUUUACAAAAAUCAAUGCACCUCACUAGUUUAAAAUCUAAAUGGUGUGAAAAAAAUAUCAGUGUGAAGAGAAAUGAAUUACCUAUCAGAUGAUACCAAAUAUGUAUGGGUUUGUUUAGAAGUAAGAUAAUAAAAAAAAUCAUUAAUUUGAAAAAUAUAUAAAAAAUACAAUUUUAAAGGAUAAUUUCUUAACAUUUAUUGAUAAAUUUUAACCUCAGUUUAAUUGUGCAUGAAACUGAGCAAAACACAGCUCAUCACAAAGGUGUGUGUUACACAACACACACCCAAACACAGUUUCAGGUCUUUUAUUAGACUCAGUGCGGAUAUUUUUCUGGCGACACUGAAAACAUUGUUUUUUGCGCCCUGGGAGCCGAAUCCUGCGAUGCUCCACAGAAGUUCCAGGAACAGCCAAACCCCCGGCAGCAGGGACCUCCACCUGCCUUCUUUUCCUUGAAGAGCCUUUCAUUAGGCUACGGGCAAUGUCCAUAUGAAAAUGGAAAUGGGAAACUGGCUUUGAUGUCGGGGGGCGUGGCAUGUUUUUGUACAAGAUGUAUGCAUUCAGCGCCGCCACCUCAAUUAGAAACCAUAAGCAGCAUCUCCACCACUUGUGACUUUUUCUGCCAAUAGGGUAGUAUGAUCUCAGCUGAUCAUGUCUGUCCACACCACCCAUAUUGGCAUUGUAGAUCAAAACAGACUGGGGGAUCUGUUUAUCAACAGGGCCUUCUUUUGUCCGGCGUGAUGCAGUGUCCAUUGUAGGUGAGGCGUUGGUUGAGAGCAUGGAGAUGGCACGUUUGUCCCUCCACCAACAUGCAACCAAACUCCCUAUCUGCCUCAUUUGGCACUGAUUUUUAUUUAAUUUUCCUUUGAGGUCUUUGGGCCAGUGUCUCCUGUUCUGUCGUGUCGUUGCACAUGAAUAUGUGCUGCUGGAUAGCAGGUCCUGUGCUAAUUUCACGGACGAAAAAUAAUUAUCAAAAUAAAAAUGGUGGUUUUUAUGAAGAUAUGGCUGUCCUAAUUUUUGAAUGACACUGUAACCCAGUCCAUUAGGCAUCACAGUGUCCGACUUUCCAGUGUAAAACUCAAAGUCUAAAAGGAAUGAUGUUGCCGAGUCGCAGCAGCACCACACUUUGACACCCCAUGGGUGGGGCUUUCCUUUUAUAUACUGUUUGAACGAGAGACGACCCCUGAAAGGUAUCAUAGCUUCAUCAAAAGCUAUAGCAGCUCCAGGUCUGUAAAGUGAAUUACAGGCAGCUUUGAGAACUGUGAUCACAGGUCUAAUUUUAUAUAGAGCAUCAUAUCCAUCUCGUCCCUUCGGUAUGAAAUACCUGCUGUCAGCCAGAUGGAAGUAUCUUGAAAUUUCCUGAAACCUGUUUCUGGACAUCACAUCAGCUACACAGGGAACUUUUAAUAGAGGAUCUGUUGACCAGUACAUCGUAUAGGCAGGCAAUUUGUGGACACCAAACAUCAUAUUUAUAUAUAUGAAGGUUUGAAUGUCACUGACUGUGACAGGGGUGAAAUUUUUUGCAUUUCUCUGGGCAGCAUACAAAUUCGUCUGGUCAGCAAUAAUUUCAAUUUAAAUUAUCAGGAAAAAAUUAUUUUAAAAAUUCAAAUGGCUGUGACUGAUAUUCAACGUUUACAUUGUCAAGAUUAGGCCCAACUCCUGAUGUAAACAUGUCAAUUUCUACUGGAUUGAGAUUAGCACUCCAGGGAAAAGUCUCGGUAGGAGUAGCUUCAUUAUCGCUAUCAUCACCUAUCGAGUCGUCGUCAGAGCUCUGGUUUUCAAAUUCACUGUUAUUUACACUUUCAAAAGGUGUUUCUCCUAUUCCAUUUUCAAUGUCACUUUCAUUUGAAUCGCUAUCACUGUCAGAAUUGUUUGAAAUAUUGGACACUGAAGGCUGAACCAAACUUUCCAGGUAUCUGAAUGCCAUGCUUUCAAUGUUGAGAUUCAAAAAUGUGUAGCUCGCGUGUUUCUCAAUGUAUUUCGUUCCGGUAAAAAGGAAGAGGAAGUAGAGCUUUUCUACUUUCCAACUAUAGCUUGUUUACCAUUUUAAACCAAACUUUUAUGGUCCAAUACAUCGUUUAUUUGCUAUGUGUAUAGAGCCGGCGAUGGCGGGCUACAGCGGGCGAUACGGUAUAAAACGCUAUCGGGCGAUGGCGGGGGAUACGGGAAGUUACUGGUUAUUGUAGUUCCCCACCUUUAGUUUUAUGUAAAACCAAAACUGCUAACUCCGUAAUACACUGUUAGAGGUCACACUCAAGUUACGAUACAGGCAUUACUUAGCAAAGCUUAUCUAAACUUGUAUAACCAGAACCUAUCUAAACCAGCUUAAACAUAUCUUAGCUUAUCUAAACUUUUAUAAACAGAACUUGUGCUGGAUGUGAUUGUUGCCAUUAGGAUGAUAUUUAAUUUUGUCAACUGCAAUGAAUGAUUAAAGAUAACACUGCGCUUAGUAGGCUAGAGAAGCUGUAUUGAGUAUAUAAAUUUAUGUAGAUUAUGGGUGGCCAAAAUAUGGUUCAUGAACUCCCAGUGUGCUGGCCAAAGUUUGGUUCAUGAAUUCUCAGCGUGUGGCCAACAAGACAUAAACAUUAUAAAAAUAUGCUAUGUUUUAGAAAAUACAGAAGGGUGAUAUAAAGGAUAUUGGUUCUUCUAACCAGCAAUUUUUGCUGACGUCAUGCAAACUUUGUUUUUUAGCAUAAAUGUCGGGAACCAUAAUACGGGAGAACAUUAUAAAAGCUGAUAAUUACCAAGCUGGCCACACAUAGACUAACAUCAUGUUUGACAUUUUUAUCUCCCUUAGGAAAAUAAAUUCAACUAGGAAAUAAUUAAUGGGUCUUAUCUUCAUUAUGAACAUAGGCAAAGUCAUUUCUCUGCAGAUCCUCCAUUUCCUUGAACCAUUGAUAUUUUCACAGAACAUUGACCAGAUUCUUGCAACUCAGAAGUUUAAAGACCAAGAUACUGACAACAUAUUGGAUCAUGAGUAAUUCUGAGAUAAUUUAUUACAUUUUAAUUGUCAAAUGCAUUUGUUAAUAAAUAGAAUAGGACCCUCUGGAAUGCACAAAACAUAGCUCCUUGUUCCUUUGGGGAGUUGAUUUCCAACAAGGUUUUUAAGGACACAUAUUGUGUGAAUUUUAUAAUUUGAUUUCUUGACAUAUUUUAACAAUUUAAUUACCCCAUGAUGUUACAUAUGCUGCACAAUCUCACUUUUUGAAUUCCCUCAUGGCACUAUAUCGGAAUUAUUAUUUAUUUUUUUUAACAUAAAGUACAUGUGACCAUUGUCAGAUAAGCUGGAGGGGAGGUGACAGCAUUUCUUCUUUCAAACCCAUGACGUAAACCAACCCCAUUCAAUUUUAUCACUCUGUAUAUCAUGUCAGACAGCGACUCACAUUUCUCGUGGCUGCCUCUAAUAAUUUGCACAUUUUAUUUUUUAUUCCUUCAGCUACAUUUUCUGGAUGGGAGACAUGAACUUCCGCAUUGAAAGAUCCUACAAUCGUGUCCUAGAAUUAAUCAAUGAGAAACAGUACGAGCGGCUUUAUGAGAGUGAUCAGGUAACUUGAAACUUAUGUUAUAAAUACCGGUUAACCCUCUAGAGCAGUGAUUCUCAACCUUCCUAAUGACCCGUUAAUACAGUCCCUCUCAUUGUGGUGACCCCCAACCAUUUAAUUAUUUUCGUUGUUACUUCAUAAAUAUAUGUUUUCCGAUGGUCUUAGGCAACCCCUGCGUAAAGGUCCUUCAACCCCCAAAUGGGUCGCGACCCACAGGUUGAGAACUGCUGAUCUAGAGUCAUUGGAUAGGUGGUACAAUAUCUUAUGUUAUGUAUGGUACAAUAUCUUAUUUCAUGUAUGGUACAAUAUUUUAUUUGAACAAACAAAACCAAAGUGAAAGGGACUCACUUGCAUUCAUUGUUUUACAUGACAGCUCAUACAUUCCUUUCACAAUCCCCAGCUUCACAUAGCCAUUGAGGAAGGUCUAAUUUUUGAGAACUUUUUAGAAGGACGAUUAACUUUCCCACCUACGUACAAAUUUGACCCAGGUACAGAUACUUAUGACACAAGGUGAGGCUUUUUUUAAUACAUUCUUUAUUGUGUAGUGUAUGAGAUGUAGCUGUCCCACACAAGUCAGGCUUUAUCAAUCAUGUCACCAAUCUCUUUAAUGGUUUGAUUUAAUCUGGACAGAGAUGGUAGCAUAGUUCUGCUAGGUUUCUCUUCAAACGGGGUGAAAUUUUAAAAACUUUCUAUUCAUUUAUCAAUAAUGGUGGAAAAUUUCAUAAUCCUAUUUAUUUGUGUACAUUUCAUAAUCAGAUCUAUAAGUGUACAUUUCAUUUUGAGAUUAAUUUGUAUACAUUUCAUUGUGAGAUUAAUUUGUGUACAUUUCAUAAUAUAACUAUUUGUGUACAUCUCAUCAUUGGACCUAUUUGUGUACAUUUCAUAUCUAUAUGUACAUUUCACAAUUGGAUCUAUUUGUGUAUAUCUCAUCAUUGGAUCUUUUUGUCUACAUUUCAUGAGAUCUAUUUUUGUAUAUUUCUUCAUCAGAUCUAAUUGUGUACUUUUCAUAAUUGUAUCUAUUUUUAUGCAACUCAUGAGAUCUAUUUAUGUACAUUUCAUAUCAAUUUGUCUACAUUUCAUUUUUAUUUUUGUAAUCGAAAGUGAAACAUGAUAAAAACUGAGGGUUUUUAAAUUGAAAUUAUGCAGAAUCCAGCCAUCACCGGAAGUCUCAGGAGACAUGAGAUUUCAUAGCGAUUUUAAAAAAAUAAACACGAGAGGUGUGACGCUAAACACCAGGACCCUUUGGUCACAUGUAUUGGAACGCUUGAAUAACACAUUUAGUCACAAUAGUCGGAAAUGAUUGAAGGGACCAAAAUCGAGUUUUUUUGGUUGCAGGCGUUCGCAAAUUACGUCAUGCUCGGGGGAGGGGGACGAAAAUUUGUGACGUUACAAAAUAUUAUUUUUUAAAAAUCUAAAAUUUUCUAAUUUUGAAAAAUCUUUAUUCAAUUUAAAUUAAAAACUUUUAAUUGAGGUCAAAAUUGCCUAUGGUAUUAUAGGUAGCGUGAAACUCAGUUGUGCACACCUUCUGUGCAUAUAAAAAAAUGACGCAAUUCUGUUGUAGCCAUUUUACAUUCGGCUCGGUGAGGACUUCAUUGUUUUGCGUCACAGUUUUCUAAUAAUACUACAUCUUAAUCCAUUAUGGGAAAAUUUUAAAGAAUAAAAUAAUAUCUAAGUUAAUAUUUGUGACACUUUGUGACGGGGAGGGGUGGGUCUGAAAGGGUCAUUUUUUUGUGUGACGUAAUUUGCAAACGACCCCUUAAAAAUUUAAAAAAUGUUUAAUAUAACAUCAUAAAAAUAAAAUCUGCAGGAAAUAAAAUGCAAAAUAAGAAUUUAUUUAGAAUCAUUUCGUUACUUGUGACAUUCACAAGAAAAUAAAUAAAUUUGUUAUUACUUUACAAUUUACAACGACCGGUUAUUAACCCAAAAAAACAAAAAAAAAACGCAAUAAAAUCAUCAAAUUUCUCUCAACAGCCCUAAAUGUAGAGUGCCUGCCUACACAGACAGAAUCCUCUACUACUAUCAUAAUGCUACCUAUGGGAAAACCCAACUAGAGGCAAAACUUGUGCAGUACCGGAGCCACCCCUUGUAUAAAACUAGUGACCACAAACCUGUGUCUGCACUGUUAGAGUUUAAAGUAUGUUGCAAUAUUUAUUCAUAUAUCAAAAAAUACAUUUUCUUUACACCUGACUUUGGUUUAAGGGCAUUGUGAUUUUGUUUUCUCAUCCAACUUAAAUUUUAACAGUGGAGAAAGCAAACAUCUUAUUGUUGCUAUUCCUCUAUACAGACUUUACCUAGAGGAGUACAGAGUCUGAUUAGUUUUCGUUUCAACACUCUUGCAUGGUACAGAGAAAAAGACCAGGUAGUGACUUACUUUGUGAGGAAGGACUUCAAGGUUGCAUAUGGAGAUUGGAUUGGACUUUACAAGGUAAGCAUGCUGUCAAAAGAAGGGCUGAUUUAUUGAAAAGGGGAUUAAAUCAAGUAUUCAUUUGAGGUGAUUGAAAUUUUGAAAACAAGUUAAAUCCAGAGAUCAUAGAACUAGGGAAGUAAUCAAUAUAAGUAAACUUAAAAGGGACGUGAUCAAUGUUGGUGAUCUUCAAAACCAGUUGUAUUAAAAUUUUUACACUGGAAGCAAAAUAUACACACAAGUGAAUCUUUAACACAUGAGUUUGGUGGGCUGGUGGAUGGAAAUUUGGUUGAGACUAUUGCUUACAUUUACAAAUAUAAUAUGCCAGUAAGAGAACUGUAACAUUGCUUUCAUAACUAAUUGAUAAAUGAGACAGAAGCUAAUUUUCUAGAGGUGUUUGUUAAUUUGCCCUGAAAUAUGUUUGGUUUGUUAUCAAACUGUGUCAACUGUAACGCAUGCUAGUGUUGUUUCAUGUUGAUCUUGCAACAUACUAUUUGGUAUGUUAUCAAACUGUCAACUGUAACACACCCUGGUAUUGUUUCAUGUUGAUCUUGCAACAUACUGUUUAUUUUUUUUUAUCAAACUGUGUCUACUGUAACACAUGCUGGUGUUGUUUCAUGUUGAUCUGGGCCAUAGUAAAAAUGAUAAUAACUGCCAUUUCGAUGAUAAUUUCUUGUUUUAAAUCCUUGAUUAAAAAAACCUCCAAAAAACUCCCUUUGUUCAUAUAUCUCUCAUUUAAAUACAAUGACAUUACAACAAUACUAAAAACACUUGUAAUUUUUGUUUAAUACAAAGGAGGACUUCACAGAUUUUGAUUCUUUUGUCACCUACGUAUGGGCCAAAACAGCAGACACAUCGAAUUCCCUAGUUCCGGUAUCUGUUCACUUUCCAAGUUCUCAGCUGGUCCCCUUAACUCCUGGCAAAUAUUUGAUAUGCUACCUGACAAGGAAAAACUCACUGUGCGGAAUCAGUAGCCCAUUUAAUGUAAGUGUUUAUAAUGGUUAAUGUCCUGUGUGUGUGUCAGUGCUGUUUAAAUCCAGUAAUAUAUUUUUAAAGGUUCAUAUUCCAUUGACUGACCUUAUCUCAUCUUAUUAUCCAGUGUUUUUAUUUUCUAAUGUGGUAAUGUUUAUUAAUGCUUAAAAAAAAAGGAAGACAACUUCAAAAUUUUCACUCCAGAAAUUUGUAAGAUACACACCAUUGCAAUCAUGUAAUUAUUAUUAAGCAAAUCAGAAAUUUGCAAGAUACACACCAUUGCAAUCAUAUAAUUAUUAUAAAGCAAGUCAGAAAUUUGUAAGAUAAACACCAUUGCAAUCAUAUAAUUAUUAUAAACCAAGUCAGAAAUGUGCAAGAUACAUACCAUUGCAAUCAUAUAAUAUAAUUAUUAUAAACCAAGUCAGAAAUUUGUAAGAUACACACCAUUGCAAUCAUAUAAUUAUUAUAAACCAAGUCAGAAAGAUUAAAACAAAAACAAUUAAUGUUCCCAAAGUCAACUCCGUAGCUGAAAUUUACCUUGUGAAAUAUUUUCAUUUGCGACAGAUUUUAAAAUUUAUUUUUUUCAAGGUUUUGAUUUUCGCUCUUUUUUAAGAAUUCUUAGUUUUUUUUCAAAUUUAAAAAUGUUUUCCUUAUUUAUGAUUUGAAUUUUUUUUCUUCUCCAGAUUAUUCAAUGAGGAGCUGGAUUAAUAAUUCUUGCCACCUGGACCAACUACCAUACUUCAGAAUUUUUUUAUGUACAAAUAUUUACAUUCAAUCGUUUGUUAAUAAAUUGUUAAUGUAAAGCCAUCAGUUGCUUGACAGGGUUCUUUUUACUUCUACAUUUCAGUCUGCUGUUUGUUGAUGCACAAUUAUGGAAUCUCAGUCUCAUAGGACAUGACUUACUUAUACUGUAUUUUCAUACAACACAAAUUUCUAUCCUUGCCCUGCUUUGUAUUGCACCAUACUAAACUGUAUAAUUAACAUGCUGAAUUUAAAAAAAUUUUUUUUUUUUUUACAAAAUAAUAAUUAUCUGCCUCAGUUGGAACACAUUCUGAUUGGUAUUUGUGGGAUUGCAGUCUGUUCCAUCUCUGCCAAGCUUUAACAUUGUAUCUUUUCAGUAGCCAUUUUCCCUUAAAAUGACAUCAGUCUUACUUUACUUAAGAGUUGGAAAGCUAUCUGUUGAAGAAGUUCUUGAGUUAACCCUUUACAGUCCAAACCUAUUCAGCCUUGUCUACUCCCAGCUCCCAAGCAAAGGGACAUAACUCCAUUUUAAAUGAAGGUUCUUUAUCUAAUUAAUUUACAGAAAAUAAACUAGAAGCAACAAAAUAAAAUAAAAACUACCUAAAUACAAAGAAAUGAUUAAAGCAAAAGUUAAACCUAAAAAUAGUUUCAGAGACCCUCCCACUCAUGAAAUAGUGAAGCUUCAUUAGGCAUAAGUUCUUUCAAAAGUGUAUCCAAGGCUUAGAUAGCCAUUCUUUACAGCGAAAAAAUCACGACUUUUAAAAAAAUCAUAGAAAAUCAGACCCUAAACACACCGCGGUCAAACUAGUAUCAAAAUAAAUGCAGACAACGAGGCUUUCUUCCGGUAGAACUAUAAAUAGUAAUGCGCAAUGGAUUUCCGCUGUGCUAAGAACGAAAGUAAACAACCUCGAAACGGGCGGGUUCGGCCGCAUCGGACUGUAGGCUUAAGGAAAAAAUCGGCGCAUUUCGGGCGCAUCGGACUGUAAAGGGUUAAGCAAGUGCAAACAAUUUGACUGAUUGAAUGUGGGUGUACCUGGUUUUCAUAUCUACCACUAGUAUGUUAUAUUUUGAUGCUUUCAAUGACAAUUCAAUGAGGCAAUUUUUUUAGUUUGUUAGCUUUUUGAUACAUAAACUUGCACAGCCAAAAGAAUUUUUUAAAAUUUAUAAAUAUAUAUAUACUUGUUUGUGACUUUGCCACUAGUUAUAUAUAUGUAUAGCAUGAUGCUCAACUCGAUCAAUCUGUGGUGCAUAAUAUAUCAGCAGGAUUUAGUGAGGUUUCCACAUAACCAAACCUCUUGUGCAUAUUAAAAAUGUAAGAACAUUGACACAAUUGCUUUUCUAUUAUCAAAAAAAACUGUCAAUAAAUAAAUAAGAAUUCAUGCCAUUAACUCUUUCUUUACCCUUAAAAAGAAAAUGAAAAAAACAACAAACCACAACAUAUAGUUUUAAACUUCAAAAGUGAGCCAAAUGAAAUAAAAUUACAUUUAUUGUGUGCACUGUAUUUAUAAAACUGUACUUUAUAUUUAAGUGGGAAAUGAAAUGAGAAGGAUCUGUCUCAAUGUUACAAAGUCUCAAUUAAAUGCAUGUCAGUUACUAGUAAAAGCCCGCAGGAUGACUAUGUAUCUUCCGAUUUCUUUUUUUAAAAUUGUUAAAAGAAAAAAAUGCGGGUGAAUUUGUGAGACCUGCUGAAUGACUGAAACUUCAAAGCAGUUGAACUUAAUUUUAAAAAUGGUGGAGACUGGGAUCAAAAUGUGUGAUGUAUGUGUAAAAAAAUCCCAAGCAAUGUUGAAGUAUUGAAACAAAUAGAAACAAAUAAUGUGCUGUAUAAAAGAAUACUUUUGGAAAAAACAACAAAAUAGCAAGAAAAAAAAGUGGAAAUAAAGAAAUGAGCAUAUCGGAUUUCUAUUAGAAACGAUUUCAGCUGUUUUUUUCCUUUCCUGCUUUGAAAUGAAUUCUUUGAGUCCACAGAAAAAUACAGUUUUUGAUAGGCUUAUGUUUCAAAGUGCCAUCAAAUAUUUUGUAUAGAGGUUAAGGCAAAUGUUUUUUUUGGUCUCUUAUACCCGGAUGUGUUUUUUAAUGUUGAUUUUUAGCAAGCACUGGCUCAGUGUAUAAGCAAAAAAGUAUUCCAGGCUUGAUCUCAUACUUGUUACCUAUACAAUUUUAAAAGAAGCUCUGUGUUGAAGAGGGCUAGCAUAUAUUUUUUAAUCAACUAUUUUGUACAAGUAUCAACUAACAGGGUUGAUAAAACCCCAUUGACUUCUUGUUAUAAAGUGAAUAAUAAGGUAAUCUUACAACUGCUAUUGCACCCUUUAAUACUGCUCUAUAUCUUUUUGUGAAACGUUUUAGAAUGUGCCAGGGGUGAAAUUAACUGAAUGUUUAAAAUAAUCUUAAAAAUAAAUGUUAAUAAAUGAUACUCUGAUUACACUAACAGCAUAACUGAUGAUGAGGAGGGAAUGAAAGACCCUCUGGUUGGCAUGCGGCCAGAUUUUGUCUUUCCUGUCUGGUAAUAAGCUUCACUGCAAAUCCUUUAGCUUCCUCUGCUCUGAUUUCCUGCUAUCCUCUUAUUAAAAUUGUUUAUCCAAAUAUCACAGAGACAUUUUGUACAGAUAUUUUCAUAUUUGUGGCUGUGUUUCCUGCUCAAUCAAUUGCUCAGAUUUCAAUGCUUAUAUUUCUCUCCAAAAUAACUAUGUGUACAGUAUGGAAAAUUACUUGUUUGAUUGUGGAUGCACUUCAGUUUUUUUUACUUGUUUAGAGGAAGUGAAUUAAAAAAAAAAAUCUGUACUCUAACAACUUCACUAUAGGCAUUUUAUCUAACAUGGUGCUCCCAUCCCUUUAUCUGAUGUACCACUUUUACCCCUACUUAUAUUAGGUUAUAUCAUAGUUUAUUAGUAAUGAAUUCACAAUUUAGUCUGUUGCCCCUAAGCAGUGGGAUGCAUCCCAGGCCCUUUUCAUGCCUGUCUCAGCUUAGCAUAUCUUUCAGCUGCCCUGAUCCCCUACCGAUUCACAGAGGAAGCAGAGACUUGAACUAGUGACUGAAGACCUCUUUUACAGUUUGUAGGGUGUUCAGUUGGCAUCGACAAGCUGAUAGAUGUACGUCAGAGCAUACACCCUUGUUGGGUGGUGCCAUUUUAGUGCUUUUUUGUUUGUGCAUAUGAUAUGAUUUUCUCUCUAUCUUUACUGACCACAUAUCAUUUUAUAGCUUUGCUUAUGAACUGACUAUCGUUAUUCAGGAUAUGUUAUUUUUUUAAAUUAUUAUAAUUGUAAAUGCUGUUGAAACUUGCCACAGAAAUUUAUAUUGGUAAUAGAAAGAUGUGCAUUUUCUAUUACUCAAGCCUUGUUCACAACUGCUAAAGAUAUUGUUAAUUAUAUGAUAAUUAUACAAGAUGACAUUUAACAGAAAUGUCAAUUUAGACUUGUGCCAUAACAAAAUAUGUCUUAUUUUAUUAAAUUUUUUAAGUAUCAAUGGUAUCAUCAAUUAAAACAUAUUAAAUAGUUAAUUAUUUUAUGUAGUACCUUCCCUAUUUACAAUUUUGUUUCCACUGAUUUAUAGUACUGCACUGGACUGUAGAAAAUUGUUGGUGGCCAGAUCAGGUUUCUUUGGAUCAAUUUCAAAACUAGAUAAAAGAAUAUUAGUGUUAAGUUUAUUUAUACAAGACUCCAAAGUUUAUUGUGAUUCUAUUCUGGCAUCUUAAAUUGAUCUGCCUCUUUCAAUUUGCAAAUAUUUUGUUACUGAUAUAUGCUUAAAUAGAAAGGCCUUCUACAUUUACAAGGUGUGACUGUAAAUAUAUAAAUAUUAACAAUAAAAUAUAUCAGCUCAAGCAGUUUUAUUUCUUCCAAAAUCUCCAUGAAUAAUCUGGUGACUCUGUGAAUGUGAUAAUUAACUGUUAAAAAUUAUUUUGGAAAAUUCUCAUUGUGGCUCAUAUUAUCUGAAGAUAGAAAAAAAUUAAAAUAAAAUUGCCCUUAAAAAAAGUCAUGUUGAGGCACACUGGUAUGAUGCAAUGCUUUGCUGUGCUGCAAAUGGUUCAUUGGUGCAUUGAAAGAUUUUGAUGAAUAUGAAUCAUGAAUAAAAUAUAAGGUAAAAAACGUUACGGGUACCGGUAUUACAGUUACAAAGUAAGAUGGGAAGUAAAAUAGUGAAUCCAUUCCAUGUUAUCUAACGUGGCAGAAAAACAAUAAAUCCAGUGCCAAAUAGGACUCAUAUAUAACAAAGGAUUUGUAUUUUAUUGUGAUUAUUAUUAUCUUUCUUGUGUGAAUGUCAUAUUGAAAGACAAAAAUAUUUUCUAAAUUAUAAAAAUGAAAUUUUAAAUAGUUGCAAUAAAAUGUGAAAGUAUUUUAGCCUCUUAAUUUUUU